AUGACCCUGGCAGAUUUGGGCCGCAAAAAAUUUGUUUCACAGAGUGCUCUCAGCGAAUUGCUGAAGGAACUGAAAUCAUUAGAUGAACUGCCUGCUGCUACAUCCAGAUCCAGCGUCAAACGUGCCCGGGAUGAGAAGAUGAAGAUCCAUACGCCAGUUGGGCCCUUAUUUACAACCAGAAGUCUGGCUGCGAACGAUGGUGCAGGCCACAUGCCAAAUGAUUAUGUUUGUAAGUUCUACGCAUACUAUUGGUCACUGAUCCAGCACGGUCAGCGUGGCUUAACCAGGGAAGAUUUGUGGCACACAGUAUCUAUAGUUCGCAGCAACAACGUGGGAAGGCUGCAGGGAGGUGUCAGUUGUUUGACGAAGGUCAUCACCCAGCUCUUUACUCCUCUGGAAUCAGGACUCCUUCUCACACUUCACAGUGGACGCAAAGUCUUCUUGUUUGGACGCCUUCGGUGUCUCAUCGGAGACGAAGCCGCCUUAAAGGCGAUGUGGGCUGUCAAGGGAGCAGCUGGUACCCUGCCCUGCCUGUUCUGUUGGAACAUAGUGCAGGCCCGAAGCGACCUCCAUCUGUCGGAUCCCAGCGGCACUUUAGUCCCCCACACGUGUUUUGACAUAGGGCAGCUGCAGCUACGAACCGAUGCUGAAUUGGCCGCAGCGGCCUUGAUGUUGUCAUCUGAGAAGCCACUCCGUACAAAGAAAGCUUUUGAGACCCUGGAACAAUCCCUAGGGAUAAAUUUCAAUCCCGACGGUAUGCUUUUCCAUCCGGACUGUCCUCUCAAGCCCAUUGAGCACACUAUGUUUGACUGGCUGCAUGUAUAUCUUGUCAAUGGAAUAUUUCAAUGUGAAAUCAAUUUGCUGCUCCCUGUUCUCGCGGCAAAUGGCCGAAGUCAUGCAGCUCUUUGUCAGUUUAUGAAAUCUUUCCAAGCUCCACAAGAUCAGAAGUCGAAUCUCACCGGUGCCAUCAAAACCUUUGAGAAAUCCAAGACAAAAGACGGUUGGAAACCCUUCGCCAGUGAAGUUUUGUGCACAUACCCAUUGCUCAGGCUGUUUGUCAUGGAUACUGCGUUUGUCCAGGAAGGACAUAUUCUGAUGGCCUCAUCCUUUCUACUCCUCUGUCGAAUAUUGGAUCUGCUUUCCAUGAUCGGAAAGGAUGUGCAGGUAGAUGCUGUGACGUUGGAAGGUCUGAUCCAGCGUCAUCUGACAGCGUUUAAGAACGCUCACGGUGAAGACGAACUUGUGCCCAAGUUCCAUUAUGCUCUACACUUACCGCCCCUACUAAGACAGCAUGGCCUUCUCAUAUCAUGCUGGACGCAUGAACGCAAACACAAAUCGCUCAAACUUUUCGCGAACCAAGUUAGCAACGCCGGAACUUGGUACGAGAUGUCGGUCUUGCGAGAAGUGACGCACAGUGCCAUCAACUGCAUCCUGGACUUCAAACCCAGCGACAUCAGGUUGCAGAAGCCAAAGCCAUCCAGGAAGAUGAAGUGCGCAAUCCUUGAGUUGGAUUUUUUAAGGUGCAUGGAUGGUGCUUUUGUUGCCACUGUGGCAGACAUUCACGGCUUGACUUGUCAUGCAGGUGAUGUGGCACUGCUACGUUUGGACGGUAGCAUGCAGAAGUCACGUGCUCGUGGAUGCAUCGAUCCCGCAGAGGCUGAUAUCACUCACAUCCAGGCCUUGGUCCAAGCCCAGGUGGACACGCUGGGUCACGACGAAUCAUUUGACCGUCAACAAGUCCUUGGGGUACAGGCUGAGAAUUGCAAGCGUCGCCUUCGGCAGCUGAAAACCAUUUCCGCAGAGGAAUGCUUUGAGCUGCAGGACCUCAUCUUCAAGGGUCCUUGGAGUGCAGAGAUGAAGACCAGCAUGGUCAACAUCCUGAACGAUGCUUCCCGAGAUGAAGGUGGGACCGGAAGCGAGGGCAAGCAGUAUUGCCCAGCAUUUGUGGCAUUUCUGAGCAAGAGUGAUGUUCAGAAACUAAACGAUCCAGACAUGGGCAACAUGAUGAAGAUUCAGGUCCUGGCAGAACGCACCCUGAACAUUGGCUUCUUCAGGCCAACUGAGCCGGGGUACAAGAUCAUUCUUGCUGCCGGUUGUGCCAAUGGCAUGACGGUGCAGCCAAGCGAGAACCUGCCCUUCAUCAACGAGUUGAAGCGCUUGGUCCGUGGAGGUGCGAAGAAGCGCCCCAAGCCCAGCCCAUGGUUGCUCAGGUUUCCCAACCAGCCAAGUGAACUUCCUCCUGCUCUCUUGGAGUCAGCAUAUGCUGCUGACGACCCACCAGUGUCUCUUCAAAACGUGGCAGAGGCAGCUGCCUUGAAAGCAUCCGUAGAUCUUGGGAGGUACACCUUCCUGAGCAAGGAUUUCAUUCACAAGUUUUCAUUAUCACACCUCCUGACCAGGACCAAGGAGGGUGGGCUCAAAGACAAGCAUGGCUAUUUGAUGAACAGCGAAGUGAGUCCUGAAGCCAUGUCCAAGUUUCCGGGUUCCAGGCAUCACUUUGCAAGGUAUGAAGUGAACAGUGGUGACAUUCGUGUGGCUCGUUUCCGCAAACAUGCUGCUUCGCCUGCUCACCGCACUGCUGAAAGUAUGGCCGGUGGCAAAGCGCCAGCGCUUGAGGAAAUUGGUGGUUUCUCGCCAACCAUGUCUGAAUGGAAGUCAGUCAUCUCUCACAGCAAGCCGGGCGCGGAGCUGUUGCCUGAAGCUGCUGAGCCCACUGCCAAGGCUGCCGCCAAGACUCCGAAAGCUAAUGGCAGCCAAGACCCGGCACUCAUGGCCAACUUGGCUUCUGGCAGCCCGGGGGUGUCUUCACAGGCGCUUUGCCUGAAUGGUGGAGUUUGGGCAAAACAUGCAGAGAAUGUCCGACGUUUCAAAGAGCAGGCAGUGAGUGAAGAUGCUGUGCAGCUCCGUUUUUUGGCUCACAAAACUAGUCUAACCUGCAACAUGGCAGCAGCAGGUGAGAAGAGAUUGUCCCAAGGUGUCCUCAACAGAGCUGACUUGCAGUUGGGCGUCCAAGCCUUCUUGCGGUGGGAUCCAGCACUCAAGGAGAAGAGCGCGUUCGAAAUGGAAAAUGCUCGUGAGGCUUUGAUUUUUUGCCAGCCUUUCUUCAAGGAAGACCGCACCAGGUCAUGUGCGCUUGCCUGUGCCAUCAUGUUUUUGACCAUCCUUCAGAUGACGCUGGACCGCCCUGGCACAGAGCCCACAGACUGUACAUGGACCGCUCACCUUUACACCAGGUCUGGACAAAUCCAGCCUAUGCAAGAGAAGAUCGAGAAAUGUCCAGCUUUGACAUCGCGCGACUUGCUUGCAGGAAAGGUUGGUGAGUUGGAUAGCGCUGCUUCUUUUCUUUUGGGCGCCAUCAACGCCAUGCCUCAUGACCUGCUGCCCCAGGCGCCGCAUUUCGAAGGCUGUUUCGCUUGCCUGGACGACUUGUUGGUGCAUAUGAAGUUUCGACUUCACCAAAGCAUUCAGAUGGGAAUGCCCGGCAACAUGCAGAACCAGAUGCAGGGAAUGCAGGGGAUGCUCCAGAUGUGCCAGAUGAUGGCCUCAAAUCCAAUGCUGUUCCAGAUGAUGAACAUGAUGGCAAACAGCGGGCAGCAAGAGAUUCCCAUCACCAUGAUUGGGAAGCGAAGUGACCGUGCAUCGCCCUCAUGCCCUGGCACACCAGCAUCGUCUCCGAAGAAUGACUCGCAGGAGCAAGAGGUUCCGCCCAGUGAACCUGAAGCGAAGGCCGCGGAGGCACCGAAAAUUCCUUUGUUCGAUUUGGGUGCGCCAGACGAGAAAGACUUGGAGUCAGAUCUUCAGAAAAAGGCUCAAUCGAUGGUCGCCAGCCAGGCGAAGGUUAUGGAGAGAGCCCUCGAAGAACGGGCCAUGAAAAAACCAGCCACAUGCAAUCCAAAGGCAAAGGCCAAGUCGACCGCAAGCAAGUCAGAGACGAAGGCAAUCAAGAAAGAUCAGGAAGGCGGUCUCAAAAUGGAUCGCAAAAACAUCCACUCUCGCACGUACACAGCGGCGAAGCUCAAGUUCUUGAAGCAAGGCUUCAAGUUGGAGGACGCAGUUGAGAAGGCAAGUGCGGUGGCGGCAAACGAGCUGAAGAAGCACGGCUUUGUGCCCCAUCCAAAGAACCGGCCAAACAAGAAGAAGUGA